ACCAAUGCCACUCACUGAGAGCGCUCCAUUCUAUACCAGUAUUGCAGCACUUGGACUGAUCCUAUUAAUCUUGCUGGUGGCGCUGUUCACACGAAGUCAACGGUCCAGGAAAGCCUCUUCUCAAGUGAAUCGUAGGGCCCACAAAAGAGUGGAUGCAGCGAUCAAUCGUCUCUCCCUUCAUCGGAACUCUCCCGCGAGGAUGAACAUUACUAGUAGUGACGUUGUGUCAACGGGCGCCAGACUGAGAACUCCGCCCGUCGUGUCCGCUGAUGGCGCUCGUCCAGACAAUAGCAACAGCGGUUACGAGUGCCCUGAUCCUGUUGCAGCGACGCGAAAAUCUCAAUGUUGUGGAACCCACCACCAGUAACAGUCACCAACCGUCUUCUGAAUACCUGGAACUUUAUGACAAUACUUCAGACCAGUCCCAAACUGACAUGCAUGACUACACCACUGUUUCCAAUGUCCCCGUUGACCUGGGUUUGACUCUCAAGUCUCACAGCACAAAAACAAAAAGUAUGGCACAAAAGAUUAAUCAUGGCCCUCCAUCCGUUCACCCAGCACCGUCCAAUGACGAUCCGAGUAUUGCUGGUUAUGAUGAUGUUGUGGUUCAAAAUAAUCCCAAGCAGGUAGCACCAUCUGAUGACGAUCCGAGUUUUUCUGGUUAUGAUGAUGUAGUUGAAAAGAAUUUCGAGCAGCUGGCUGUUGAUACAGAGCAAGAUCGGUCCUAUGUGAAUAAAACAAUCUUUGCGAAGCGCCACAUAAUUCAGCAAAACAUUAAACCAGUUCCGCAGCAGAACGACGGUAACUUCGGGGAAAAACGCCCAGGAAGAGAAAAAGGUCAGAAAUCUCUGGGUCGGGUCAAACCUGUCAGCGAUCCUCCAGUCUCUACCAAAGAUGUCCACGACUAUGCAGAGAUUUCCUCUAAUCUUCAUCCCGGUCCAGAAUCGGCACAGGCCAAUGGGGGUCAGGAAUCUCACAGUCCAGUCAAACCUGAUCGAGAUACUUCAAUCCCUACCGAGUAUGUUUACGACUAUGCCGAGGUUCCCUCUGUUCCCAAUCCCUGUCCCGCGUUAGCAUCACAGCGGGGCGAGGUCAAUCGUGACAAGGAUCCUCUGGUGGCCACCGAGGAUGUCUGCGACUAUGAGGUUCCCUCGGCUCGUCAUCGUGGUCCCGGUACUUUUUCACUAGUGCGUGCUGAGAACAUCACACACGGGCAAGGCCCGUCGAAUGACGGGGGUUAUCAGGCUUUGGAUCCGGUCGGGCUUGGGAGAGCAAAUACGUACACCGCACUGAGUCUGAAAAAUACCCCAUGAUAAAGCUGUUUAUCGAGUGUGUGGAAAAAGAUUGACACUUUGGAAUUGAACAUCUUUGUUUUACAUGAAGUUAAUACAAAAUAAGAAAAAUGAUACACAUGAUUUAAGGGUUUUUAAGUUUCUCCACAAAAUUGUUGAACUUUGUCAGUAAAUAAGACAUUCACUUGUUAGAAAUAUUUACAGUGCAUUCAUUGCUUGGACAAUAACACCAGGAUGUCAAUUAGAUAAAAAUAUUAUAUUAGUCGCUCUAAACUCGUCCAUGUAACAAGAAUGAUUGAGCUCGAGGCGGGAUAUGAUUAUCAUUAUCUUGAUAUGGGCCACAUUUUGGGCAGAAUUUUUGAAAAAUAUUUAAGUCACAAUUUGGCACUUUUAACUCUACAGUAUAUCACGUUAUAACAAUCAUUCUCUGAAAACCUUCAGAGAGGAUUCACUUUAAGUUGACCUCUUCGUUGGGUAACAACGGCCUUGUCACCGAUAAAAGUCAUCGUAAGGUUUCAUGCAUUCAAAGAUGCCGAGCUUUGUAAAACAUGCAGAGUAAAAAAAGGUAUCCAACUGAGAGAAUUAAUGUGAAUUACGUAUCUGUUGACUUUUGCGAGAAGAAACCAUCACGUUAUUGCAUGUCGAAUAUGAUCAUGAUACAUUACUUUUCGACAGAUCACAAGGCUAAGCCAGAAUGAGUUUUUGGUUCGUUUCCUUCAGUUCAUUUGGAAGGCGAACUGUAGACUCAGUUUUCUGGUAUUGUUUGAAGUGAGGAUCGUUCACUACGCAACUUUUUUCACUGAAUAUAUUUUCCCCCAAUCCCAGAGACACCUUAUCGCAUUGUGUACAUUGUAAAUAAAUGAAUCAGAAAAUUGCUUUAGUUUCUGUCAUUGUAUGUCUGGUUUAAAUUGAUAGAACUUAGGCAGCAAUGGUAGCAAAGGUGCUUCUUUAAAAGAUACGCAUGAUUGUCUUAAAGAGUAGUUGUGUUUUUGAUGUUCCCCUCUUACAAACCAAAUGGGGUAACGUUAGACGAAUUGUUGAUAUUUAUUCCAUUGUAGGUACAUGUAUUGCUACCGGUAUCGCAUGUUUCCAAAACCACUGCGUGUAUUAUUGCUCAUUUGCAUGUAAAAUUCUUAACUACUUCGCUAAGGCUUUCAGUGCAUAGACGUGCUUUGAUUUGUGAAAAAGGUCCACCAUGCAAAUUACACAAUUGACUAUUUUUUCCUGGCUGAAUUUAGCAUAUGAAUUUGUAUACAGUAUUUCCUGCCUCAAAGAUGUUUGACGUUGGACCUUUUGUUCAAUGUCAAACCUCCAAAAUGUCUAUUUCGUGUUUGCUUACAUUAGGUGAUUCCACAUAUUUUGCAUUAUGGAACUGUAAGAUUUUCGGGCGGUUAAAAGAGCAGGAGUUUUUUCGUUUGUGUGUUAAUUUCUGAUGAAAAUCGCAGCAUUGUUUAACUUGUAGAUGAUGAUACGGUAAGCAUAAAAGUAUUUCAAAUGACAUUCCGAGACAUUCCAUAUCUUUUGCUAACGCUCUGUUUUCGAAUACUGAGAGUGAUAUGAGAACCAACCCUAAGGCACAGUCUUGGUGUUUAGAGGGUUUGCAGCACUGUUACCGACUUUUGCUGUAAAUACCGACCAAGAGCACUUGAAUCUGCCAAAGGAUACACACGCAAUGCUGUACAUGUAUAGUGUGCACUUCAGAUCCAGAUGUUUAAUGCUUCUCUUCUUGUUCAUGUAAACAGCUUGAUGCACAGGAACAG